AUGGGGAACUCCACCUGCCUCCCGGUUGCAGGAAGCCGAACCCCGAAGCGGCGGCGGAUCGCGGCGCGCGCGCGCGCGCGCGGGAGCCGGGCAGGUGGGCACCGGCCGGGCUCGCGCCGAGCGCCGCGCACCGCCGGGAGCCGCCGGAGCCCCCCGGGAGCAGCGGCGCGGCGCGGCGGGGCGCGGAGCCGGAGCUGCCAAGGCGCCCGGCGGGAGGAUGAUCGGGGAGGAGGAGCGCGCCGACCCGGAGCCCCAGCCCGACCCGGACCCCGAGCCCGAGCCCGAGCCCGUGCCCGAGCCCGAGCCCGAGCCCGAGCCCGAGCGGGCAGCCGCGACUCCCGGGCGGGCGGCGACGACGACGACGACAUCGAGAUCGUGGUGAACGUGGGGGGCGUGCGGCAGGUGCUGUACGGAGACCUCCUGAGCCAGUACCCCGAGACGCGGCUGGCCGAGCUCAUCCACUGCCUGGCGGGGGGCUACGACACCAUCUUCUCGCUGUGUGACGACUACGACCCCGGCAAGCGCGAGUUCUACUUCGACCGCGACCCCGACGCCUUCAAGUGCGUCAUCGAGGUGUACUACUUCGGCGAGGUGCACAUGAAGAAGGGCAUCUGCCCCAUCUGCUUCAAGAACGAGAUGGACUUCUGGAAGGUGGACCUCAAGUUCCUGGACGACUGCUGCAAGAGCCACCUGAGCGAGAAGCGCGAGGAGCUGGAGGAGAUCGCGCGCCGCGUGCGGCUCAUCCUGGACGACCUGGGCGUGGACGCGGCCGAGGGCCGCUGGCGCCGCUGCCAAAAGUGCGUCUGGAAGUUCCUGGAGAAGCCCGAGUCCUCGUGCCCGGCGCGCGUGGUGGCCGUGCUCUCCUUCCUGCUCAUCCUCAUCUCCUCCGUGGUCAUGUGCGUGGGCACCAUCCCCGAGCUGCAGGUGCUGGACGCCGAGGGCAACCGCGUGGAGCACCCGACGCUGGAGAACGUGGAGACGGCGUGCAUCGGCUGGUUCACGCUCGAGUACCUGCUGCGCCUCUUCUCCUCGCCCAACAAGCUGCACUUCGCCCUGUCCUUCAUGAAUAUCGUGGACGUGCUGGCCAUCCUGCCCUUCUACGUCAGCCUCACGCUCACGCACCUGGGCGCGCGCAUGAUGGAGCUGACCAACGUGCAGCAGGCCGUGCAGGCCCUGCGCAUCAUGCGCAUCGCGCGCAUCUUCAAGCUGGCGCGGCACUCGUCGGGCCUCCAGACCCUCACCUACGCGCUCAAGCGCAGCUUCAAGGAGCUGGGGCUGUUGCUCAUGUACCUGGCGGUGGGCAUCUUCGUCUUCUCCGCCCUGGGCUACACCAUGGAGCAGAGCCCGGAGACCCUGUUCAAGAGCAUCCCCCAGUCCUUCUGGUGGGCCAUCAUCACCAUGACCACCGUGGGCUACGGCGACAUCUACCCCAAGACCACGCUGGGCAAGCUCAACGCGGCCAUCAGCUUCCUGUGCGGGGUCAUCGCCAUCGCCCUACCCAUCCACCCCAUCAUCAACAACUUCGUCAGGUACUACAACAAGCAGCGGGUCCUGGAGACGGCGGCCAAGCACGAGCUGGAGCUCAUGGAGCUCAACUCCAGCAGCGCGGCCGGCGAGGGCAAGGCCAGCGGCUCCCUGGACAUCCUCCCGCCCGAGCCGGCCGGCAAGGAGGCGCUGAGCUGGGGCAGCCGGCUGAAGAUCUCGCACAGCGACACCUAUCCGCUGCUGACCGAGGAGAAGCACCACAGGACCCGGCUCCAGAGCUGCAAGUGA